AUGUUAAACAAAAUUAUCCGCAUCACUCUUUGCGUUUUAGUUAUUUAUAUUAUAAUAAUAUCGUAUCACUCAACAACUUAUCAAAUAAGAGGACCUAAUAUCAUUUUAAAUGUGUCUCUGACAAGUGAUAUAGAAUUAUUAAAUAUAUCAGAAGAAUUAUUUAAUAAAUCUUCUUUCGAAAUUAAUAAAUAUCUGUCCAUAAAAUACCAAGGGCAGAUAACUUCAAAGAAUUUUACUGACAAUGCUCCUGAAAGGUUAUUAAACAUUUUAUCCAAUAAUAUUUUGACAACAACAACAAGAUCUCUCAUAAAAUUAUUUGAUAAUUAUGAUUUGGAUACGUAUCAGUCAGAAAUUAUAACAAAGGAAGAAGAAAAAGAGGAGCAUGAAUUUAUUAAUGAUUUAAUGAAAACAGAUGCAAUGUUAUAUGUUAUGCAUUUUUUAUCUGUGAAAGGUUUCUUUGCAAAUAAUUUACAGGUUCACCAAAAUAUUUUGAAGGAAAUUUGGUUUCACCCAUACUCUAGAAGUAAGGGAAUAAAUGGUAGUUCUGGUUUUGAACAUGUAUUUGUAGGGGAAAGAAAACCAUGCAAAGGAUUUAUGGGACUUCACAAUUGGAUUUCUUUUUUCUUUGGGGAAUUAUCUAGUAAAAUUAAUUACUUAGGAUUUUCCCGAAAAAUGGAAUUUGCUGGUGGAGUUGCCAUUGUAGAAACUUAUUUCACUUACAAUGGAAAACGUAAAAUGUCAACUAUGUUCAUUGGAACAAUGCCCGAAUUAGAAAUAGCACUUUAUACACUUUGCUUUUUUACACGUCCAAACAGAAAGUGUAAAGUCUCAUUUACCGGUUUUAAAUUUGGUAUUCAAACAUAUACGUUGCGUACUAAUGAUAUAAAAUUUGUUGCAACUGCCUUUCCUGUUAUAUGA